AUGUCCAAAUCCAGCAAAGUAGAACUGCCACAGUGGGGCAGGGUGCUCGUCACCGGCGGCAUCGACUGGCCAACCCUCGGCCGCAAGGCCACCAAGAACGGACCUCCACUUAGCGUCAACCCAGACCACCCGGACUUGCCAGCGCCGCACAUCCUGCGUUCGGUCUCCAAUGUGCGCAUGAAGCGCAUCUUUUCAUCCCACUCCUCCUGCCACGCCGUCUUGUUGUCCGUCGAUGGCGACGUAUACAUCAUCGGCCGCAACGAGCAUGGGCAGUGCGGUCUUCCCAUCCGCCCCGUCCCCGGAUCCUCCAAGCCCUCGGGCGUAGCCGUCUGGGACGCCUACAUGCUCGACGCAGCCACCGAUUUUUCGCCAGCGCUACCAUCCGGCCCCAAGGGGCACAUUGUCGCAGCCGCGUGCGGCAGAUCACACACGCUCCUCAUUACCGCAGGCGGCUCCGUCUACUCGGCCGGUCUCAACACCUCGGGCCAGUGCGGCCAUCCAGAGUCGCAGACCGUGCCCCUCUUUACGCGCAUCGAGACGGGCGCGUUCAUCAAGGAGCGCGAUCCCGUCGUCGCUGCGUCGUGCGGUCUCACCUUCUCCAUGCUCCUCACCCAGUCCGGCAAGCUCUACACCAUGGGCUCGUCCGAAAAGGGCCAGCUCGGCAACGGCCGAACCGGCGAGCACUUCACUUCCAACAACCGCCUUGCAUUCAACACGUUUUCCGAGCCCUUCCUGGUCAAGCAGCUCGCGGACAAGAACAUCACCAGCAUCGCGUGUGGGCAGCAGCACUCCAUCGCUCUCGACGACCAGGGCUACGUCUACGUCUGGGGCUUUGGCGGCUACGGCCGUCUCGGCCUUGGCUCGCAGCAGGACCAGUUGACGCCCACCUUGGUGCCGCAGUUUGCGCGUGAAAACGUGCUGAUGCGCGCAAAGUCCAUCUACGCCGGUCCCACCAACUCGGCCGUUGUCGACGGCCAGAGCAUGUUCUGGAUCGCGGGCAAGUGGAAGACCUCCGGCGACGGUUCCGCAGGCCAGGGCUUCAUGACGUUCAAGUACCUUCCGGACAUGAUGGGCGUCAAGGUCACCAACUCGGGCCUCGGCGGCGUCACGCUCCUCUGUACCGCCAUCGAGGAGGCUUCGCUGCAGGGCGAGCACGGCGCGACGAUGAACAUCUGCUGGGGUCAGAACGCCAACUGUGGCGAGCUCGGUCUGGGCGAGGGCAAGCCACGGUCGGCCACCAAGCCGCUUCGGUGCGAGACGCUCGACGGCAUCGCCAUCCUCGACAUUGCGGCGGCGCAGAACACCACAUUCUACCUGGCGCGCAACAUGGGCGAGCGCUACGGCGAGCUGCCACGCUGGCCCGAGGUGGUGCCAAGCCAGGAGGUGUGCAUGGUCUGCGGGCGCGAGGAGGGCGAGGGCGGCGAGGACAAUGCGCUGCUCGAGUGCGAAAAGUGCGAAAACCCCUGGCACCUCCACUGCCUCUCGCCCAAGCUCUCCGAGAUCCCCGAAGGCGAAUGGCACUGCCCCAACUGUCAGCCACCCACCGCUGCGAGCAAGUCCAACUCCAACGGCAAGCGCGCCAACGCCGACUCGGACGACGAAGAAGACGCAGCUCCCACCAACGCCAAGAAGCGCAGGUCCUGA